AUGAGUCAUCGCGAGCGCUCCGGGUUUUCCGGCGCACGUAUUCGAGACGCCGUUGACCCAUUUACGUGGCUCCGGGAGUUCCUUUCUUGGUCCUGUGACCCUAAUAUCGACCCGCCGCGGCUAACGCCUUCCCCCUUCACCCGAGCCUUUCCACGCCGGCUUUGGUUCUACUUACUGUGUACUCUGCUACCUACGUCACACGGUAGUUCGGCGAUCUCUAAGGAGGAAGCGGAAGAACACAAUCACGGGAAAAUGCCCUACAAUGGCUACAGCGACGAGUUCCUAGACCGAUUAGAGCCCAACGGUAACAUACCGGCGGGCAAAGGUGAUAUUAGAUACGGCUAUGGAUGGACCAUAGAAACUAGAGAUGCCACGAAUAGUUAUUUGGCCGAAUACCGAAUAUUCGGCGAGACUCUUGGCCGAAGCGCCGAAUAUUCGGCAGCCGAAUAUUCGGCAACACUUAGAACUUUUCGCGGCUUAAAGUCGUUCAGUUCGGCCGAACCGCAUCCCCGGCUUUUACCCCGUGUCAAAAAAAGACCGCACCAUUCAAUCUCGCCGCCAUAUCAAAGGCGCCGCUUCGACUUGUGGAGCUGA